GUAAGCCUUUUCAUUUAUAUUCAAAUUAAGUCAAUAUUCAUAUUUAACUAGAACAGAACUGAUCACAUUUCCAUCCUUUAUCAUUAGCAGGCAUAUACAUUUUAUUCAAUACCAGAGGUCGUAGCCAGAUCCCUUCUUAAAUAUGCAAAGAUGCCUUAUGACGCAGAUUCAUUGAAGAGGAAUUAAUACUUUGCUAUGAGAAGUUAAAUAACUUGCCCACCCUCACAGAAUUGAUUAUUCUCCUGCAGCAUAAUGGAGAGUCAAUAAGAACUCACUGAAUGACUGGAACGAGAGGAUGGCUGCUGCUCAGCCCUAAUUUGGACAGUUCACCAUGGGGAAUAGACAUCACAACCAGCAACGUUUUGUCAUCUCAAAUAUGAGCCCAGAGGGUAAGAAUGAGGGACCCUGCGUUUGAGGCUGGGAAAGAGGGAACCGAAGAGGGAAACUCAGAGAAAGAAGAAGAUGAAGAAGACAAGGUAUUCCCGAAGCCUGUUAUUGAAGACCUAAGCAUGGAAUUGGCCAGAAAAUGCACUGAACUCAUUAGUGAUAUCCAUUAUAAAGAAGAGUAUAAAAAGUCUAAGGACAAAUGUACAUUUGUGCCUGACACUCCCAUGCUAACCCAUGUUAAAAAUAUUGGCGCUUUUAUUUCAGAGGCAAAAUACAGAGGCAAUGUGAAGGUCAACCUUUCCAACUCUCUUUAUAAGCAGAUGCCUGCCACCAUUGACAGUGUCUUUGCGAGAGAAGUUUCCCAGCUUCAGAGUGAGGUUGCCUAUAAGCAGAAGCAUGAUGCUGCCAAAGGAGUCUCAGAUUAUGCCCACAUGAAGGAGCCGCCUGAUCUCAGACAUGCCAUGGAGGUCAACAAACACCAGAGUAACAUUUCUUAUAGGAAAGAUGUGCAGGACACCCACACGUAUACUGCGGAGCUGGACAGACCGGAUAUCAAGAAGGCAACUCAGAUCUCCAAGAUCAUAAGCAAUGCAGAAUACAAGAAAGGGCAAGGAGUAAUAAAUAAAGAGCCUGCUGUCAUUGGAAGACCAGAUUUUGAACAUGCUGUGGAAGCGGCCAAACUUUCUAGUCAAGUUAAAUAUAAAGAAAAAUUUGACAAUGAAAUGAAGGAUAAGAAACAUCAUUACAACCCUCUUGAAAGUGCUUCUUUUAAGCAAAAUCAGCUUGCUGCUAUACUUGCAAGUGAUGUGAAGUACAAGAAAGACUUGCAAAAUAUGCACGAUCCGGUUUCAGAUCUCCCAAAUUUGUUGUUUUUAGACCACGCUUUGAAAGCCAGCAAAAUGCUCAGCGGACGAGAAUAUAAAAAGCUUUUUGAGGAAAACAGAGGACUGUAUCAUUUUGAUGCAGAUGCUGCCGAUCACCUGCAUCACCAAGGCAAUGCCACCCUUCAGAGUCAGGUUAAAUACAAAGAAGAAUAUGAGAAAAAUAAGGGAAAGUCAAUGCUUGAAUUUGUUGAGACACCAUCUUACCAAGCUUCCAAAGAAGCUCAAAAGAUGCAAAGUGAGAAAGUUUACAGAGAGGAUUUUGAGAAGGAGAUUAAGGGAAGGUCCUCAUUAGAUUUGGACAAGACUCCUGAAUUUUUACAUGUAAAGUACAUCACCAACCUUCUGAGGGAGAAAGAAUAUAAAAAGGAUUUGGAAAAUGAAAUAAAGGGGAAAGGAAUGGACGUUAAUUCAGAAGUUCUUGAUAUUCAGAGAGCCAAACGAGCAUCUGAAAUGGCCAGUGAGAAAGAAUACAAGAAAGACCUAGAGUCCAAAAUUAAGGGCAAGGGAAUGCAGGUUGGCACUGACACCCUUGAAUUCCAGCGUGCCAAAAAAGCUACAGAGAUCGCCAGCGAGAAAGACUAUAAAAGAGAUCUGGAGACUGAAAUUAGAGGGAAAGGAAUGCAGGUCAGCGCAGAGACUCUUGAUGUGCAGAGGGCUAAGAGAGCCUCUGAGAUGGCCAGCCAGAAGCAAUAUAAGAAAGACUUAGAAAAUGAAAUUAAGGGGAAAGGAAUGCAAGUGAACGUGGAUAUCCCAGAUAUGCUUCGAGCCAAGAGGGCGUCUGAAAUCUGUAGCCAGAAAAAGUACAAAGAUGAAGCAGAGAAAAUGCUUUCUAACUAUUCCACUGUGGCAGAUACUCCCGAAAUUCAGAGAAUUAAGACAACUCAACAAAACAUUAGUAUGGUAUUUUAUAAGGAAGAAGUAGGAGCUGGCAUAGCAGUAAAAGGUACUCCAGAGAUGGAACGAGUGAAGAAAAAUCAGCAAAAUAUUAGUUCAGUGAAAUACAAAGAAAAGAUUAAACAUGCAACAGCCAUUUCUGAUCCUCCAGAGCUAAAGAGAGUUAAAGAAAACCAGAAGAACAUCAGCAAUCUCCAGUAUAAAGAGCAAAACUAUAAGGCCACUCCGAUAAGCAUGACCCCAGAGAUAGAGAGGGUGAGGCGAAACCAGGAGCAGCUGAGUAUGGUAAAAUACAGAGGAGAGAUUAAACAAGCAACUGCCAUUUCCGACCCACCAGAGCUGAAGAGAGUGAAAGAAAAUCAGAAGAACCUCAGCAAUGUUUAUUAUAAAGGUCAGUUGGGAAGAGCUACGGCUUUAAGUGUAACUCCUGAAAUGGAAAAAGUAAAGAAGAAUCAAGAAAAUAUUAGCUCGGUAAAAUAUACUCAGGACCAAAAACUGAUGAAAGGCAGACCAAGUCUGAUUUUAGAUACACCUGGUCUGAGACAUGUUAAAGAAGCACAAAAUCAUAUUUCAAUGGUAAAGUAUCAUGAAGAUUUUGAGAAGACAAAGGGAAGGGGCUUCACUCCUGUGGUUGACGAUCCCGUGACAGAGCGGGUAAGGAAGAACACUCAGGUUGUCAGCGACGCUGCCUACAAAGGUAUCCAGCCUCACGUGGUGGAGAUGGACAGGAGACCCGGAAUCAUUGUUGACCUCAAAGUUUGGCGCACAGAUCCUGGCUCCAUCUUCGACAUCGAUCCCCUGGAAGACAAUAUUCAGUCUAGAAGUCUCCAUAUGCUCUCUGAAAAGGCGAGUCAAUAUAGGAGACAGCGGUCUCGAUCGCAUUCGAGCAGUACUUUUGGUACAGGUCUGGGAGAUGACAAGUCCGAAAUCUCCGAGAUUUACCCUAGCUUUUCAGGCUGCAGUGAGGUCACAAGACCGUCCGAUGAAGGAGCGCCUGUUCUCCCUGGAGCUUACCAGCAAAGCCAUUCCCAAGGCUAUGGGUACAUGCACCAGACCAGUGUGUCAUCCAUGAGGUCUAUGCAGCACUCACCAAAUCUAAGGACCUACAGAGCUAUGUACGAUUACAGUGCCCAGGAUGAGGAUGAGGUCUCCUUCCGAGAUGGCGACUACAUCGUCAACGUGCAGCCCAUCGAUGACGGCUGGAUGUAUGGCACAGUGCAGAGAACUGGGAGAACGGGCAUGCUCCCAGCAAAUUACAUCGAGUUUGUGAAUUAAUUCCGUCUCCUUGCCCUUUGAGCUUUAUUCUAAUGUAUCCCAAACCCAAUCUUUUUAAAAGAUAGAAGACACUUUUAAGCAACUUGGCAAUUAUUUUACAACAAUGUAUCCUUACUUUGACAAUUAGACACACAGGUACCAGGAAGGAGGAGUGAAUUUUGGCUGACUAGAGCAGCAUAUUCAGUAAUUCCUGUAAACAAAAAUCAUUACUGUCUGGAGACCUGGUGCUGCUAAUUGUGUUUGUGGUUUCCUUUGAUUGGUGAUUGAACCCUUCUGGGAAAUGUAUUUUUGUAGACUUUAAUAGAGACGUUGAUUGUCCCUUCAAUGUAAUGAGUGUGUGAAACUUCUUAGCUGUCACUUUGGAAUCACCAGAAGCCAAUUCUCAACUCAGUAACACAGCCAAUAAUUUAAAAACCGUUUAGCUUUUGAGUCAUUAGGCAAUUUCCAGUUCAACUGAAAAUUGCCUACUAUAAUAAAAUGUAAGCAGUGGCAGAAUGAUAGUCUGCUUAAAAUUUUAUUGACUGGUAGCCUUAGGGACCCAACAGGAAAUUUCCUGGAUCCCAAGGCUGACUGGAAUCUGUUUAUUUCUCACUUGCACCAAGGCAUAUCCUACUCCCCAUUUACGUUCUGUGGACUCAAGUACUGCCCCGUUCCACAGAACAUCAGGACCAAAUAACUUCACAGCUACUCUGUAAAGGGCAAAGAUUAAUGUCAUCUGUAUUAUUUCCCUAGUAGUGUUUACCCUGUUGCAUGUCACGUAGGUUCAAGUUUCUGUAUCAUAGACAGCUGCACUGCCCAUUCCUGUUGUUAAAAGCAAACAGUGUGGCUGAUAUCCAAAGCCCUCCCCUGUAGCUGCCAGCGCAUCAGAAAAACAUAUAUUGAGAAGUUGCUUGAGAUUUUCCUGCUGUAUUGCACUGUAGUUUUGAAGGAUUUACACCUUAGGAAAUAGAUGUAUACUCUAAUAAAUAAGUGAUUUAGGUAUUUAUUGAGCGGCUUUCAUUAACUUAAUGCUGCUGUUGAUUUAAAAGUGAAGAAAACUUAAUAUAAUCCAGUGGAAAAAAUGGCAUAUAGAGUGUACUAGGAAAAACCCCAGCAAACAAAAGUUACCAACUCCAUAUAGAGAUGGUCUGGUUUUCUUAUUUUGGAAAAUGGUCUUCAAAUUCUGGAAUGGGAUUCUAGCCAUUAAGACUGGUUAAUCAAAAAGGCUUUCUUUCUACUCUGUGAUUUUUAUUUUCUAAAUCACAUUCAUAGGAAUGCCAUCAGAGAUUUUUCAGUACAAGCCAAACAGUUUGUCUACUGAAAAAGACAUGGUUGGCAUGUUUUGGGUGACUUUUCAGGCAUUUGCUAGAUUCACAGCCAUAAGUGUAACCUUUGCUGGUGGGUGUUGGAAUUUCUCCUGGAGCCUGCAGUCAAGGUCACCAAGAGUUUGGUGUCUGUUGACAAUUCUGUGUUUUUCUGAUUGUGCCCUUUAUUGUGACGUGCAACAGGGUAGCAUUUGUGUAGAAUCUGACUCUAUAGUUGUGAUGAAACUGAAAAAAAAAAUGAAAUUGCAAAAAUAAAAUGUAUGGGCAUUGGGGACAUAUUAUUUGAUAUAUUCAAGGAAAUUAACAAAACAACCUAUAAAACAACUUUUCUUGAAUGUUUACUAGUCUAAAGGCCAAAGCUGGUUCAUUAGCACCUUGGAAGAGUUAGCACAUAUUUUUGAAAAUCUAUAAUUUCCCCCCUUUUUUACAUUAAAAGAUCAAAAUAAGCUUUAUUGCACUAAAGCUGUUUCUACAAUACAUUGAUAUGCAAUUUAAAAGAGAAAAAUUCAGGCAAAGAUCUUGAGGUAUUUAGAAGAGGUUUACAGAUUACCAGAUAGCCAGUGCAACUGAUUUUCUGUCAUUUAAAUGGCCAGUCAUAAUUAAACUGAUUAAACUCUAUAUCUGUUUUGCUGUCUUGUAUAAAUGCACAAAGACAACUGAACUUGCAAUAAUUUUGCAAAAAUUUGUGCAUUAAAAUCAAGGGCAAUAAGCCUGCUUAAUUUGAUUAGAUUAAGAAUGUCUUUAAGUUUUGCCCAGGUGGACCUCUUUUUUUUUUUUUUUUUCCCUCCUUUUUGGUGAUCAUUUAAAAAAAAAAGUAGCCACUGAUUAAAUUUCGGACUUAAUAUGGCAGAACAGGUACAAUUUUUAGUAAAUAGCACAUAUAUUAGGAAGUUCAAAGGAACUAACUUAAAAUAAUACUUGUCAUCAGGAAAGUUACCAUAAAGUAAUAGUUUGAUGGUUCAUGUUUUUCUUAUCCAUUGACUUUAAAAUCAGAUUCAUUAAAUGUAGAAGUCAGUACAUGUGGAAUAAGUGCUCUAAAAUUUUAAGUUUCAUAUAAUGUUUGCAUAGCAAGCUGUUUCAGCUUCAAGACUCUAGGAAUUAAGAUCUGAUCAGAAUUCAGCUAAAGGGCAGUUAUUUUCAAUAAAGACUGAGGCAGAACAAGAUAUUGCAUGCUUUUGAGAUUAAAAUUCGAUAAUGGUAUCGUUACUAACGCUUGUGAGGAUAUUAAGCAUCUCAGCAGAAUAUAAGCAACACGAUACCAAAUUGCUACUUUUACAGCCUCAUUUUUUUUUUUAAAAAAAGCUACAUUCUCGAACAACUUUUCUACUUUCCAUAUGCCUCCUGCCCACCUUUAAUUUGGCAACAGAUAUCUCAUAAGUAACACAGCUAAGGGAGAAUUUUAAAACGCGUCUUUUAAAAAUCAAGUUAAAGGCGGCUGUGUAAGUGCUAAGCACAGAGAGCAUGCACCCGAUUCCUUAGUGUGCCCUCAAGCCUGACAAAAGCACAAGGAACAGUUUGAUACACUUUUAAAAAGUUUCUGAAAACAAAGCUGUUUAUGGAUCAUAUUUCUCUUGAGAAAAGGAUAGCAACAGAAUAUAUUGCUUUCAUUGAUAAGUAUUUGUAGUACAUAUGGUUUUAUUUUAUUUUACUUACUAAUUCUUAUUCUCUAGAAAGCUGUCUCCCCUAUGGCAAAGUGAGUUCUUCAUGUCUCCUUGUUAUUGUGUGCACAUCUGCAGCAUAGCCCAGUUUGAAAUAUUUAUCUGGUUGUCAGCCCUCCACAGAGGCCUGCAUCUUACCAUGCCUCCCAACCUCCAGACCACACAGGGACUUGGAAGCACAGUUUCUUUAAGCACCUUGUAUGAAUAUGGAUGAGAUUAGACCAGCCCCUCUCUUGCUUCUACUUACAUGGCUUGAAGAUGAUGAAGAUGUGGUUCUGCCAGUUUUACCACAUUCUUUCUUUCCUGGUCCUCUCAGUGUUGAGCCUUACAACACUCAGGGAAUUAGGAAGAAGAUUUUUUUUUUCCAAAAGAGUUAGUGGAAAUUCAAGAGUUGUACCUCGUUUUCAAGUUCAUCCAUCUCCAAUGGAAUGUUUUUAAUGAAAAGAUAAAGAAAAUGGAUAUGAUCUUCAAUAGCACAUCCCUAUAGAAAGUGGAUGUGGUUUAUACCAAAAUCAUAAUUCAGAUAUAUAAAAAAGGUGCCUUUUUAAUUGCCCUUGUUUAUCCAUUAUGAUCUUAGAAAGAAAACUAAGCAAGCAAGCUUCUGCCUAUUCUAUAGUAAUAUUUUAUUAUAUGAUUCGUAUUUUUGUGGUGGGGAAGUGGGAUGCUCCUGACAGAUAUUAAAGGUGGUAGCUGAUUGUAUUUUACCUUUAAAGGUUUAGAACUUUAUAAAAUGCUGACUUCUGCUAUCUAUUUCUGAAACAUUCUUUGUGGAUUUAUAUAUAGUUAAGAUGUAAUAAAUGCUAAUUUGGGGAUUUAAAAUAUCUAUUGUAAGAUAGAAUGAUUAUAUUAUGAGACUGAAUUCACUACAUAAGAUGAACUCCAUAAGUUAAUUAUACUUUUGCAUCUGAUAAUCUGAAAGUGACUAGACAGGGGUUGUUUGGGGUCAUAUGACAUGAUGAUGAUAAAACUUUAGCUAAGUAAGAAACUAGGUAAACUAACUUAGGGAUGCUGAAACGAGAAUCUCUUUCUGAAGUAUUCCAUGCCCUUUAAGACCCUUUUGAGCAACUAUUGAUGAUCAAAAAAGUCAAGACAUUGUAUGAUUUUUUUAUUUUUUUAUGGUCAUCAUUCCAUGAAACUUAGACUCCUGGAAUCCACAAACCUGGAAGGAUCCCUGGCACGUAUUCUCCCUGGUUGUCCAUAUUACUUCAGUAUAUUCAUGGGAAUUUCAUAGGCUCUUUUGUGUUUGAUAUGUGGUAUCCAGUUUGCAUAGUAUAAACUGUAAUCCAAUUGUUGUUAAGAAUGAUUUACUUUAAUGAGAAAAGAGAAAACUGCUCCCCAGGCCCAUUCCUGAGUGUCCCUACCAUGAAUAGCUGAGCAUUUUGGAAGCAGCACCCAGUAUGUAAUGGGCAUGAUAUGUGUGGAAUUGUCGGUCUGUGAUAUAAAUGCACAUUUAAUCAUUGUGUAGCUUGACUCCUGAUUGCUUCAAAAUAUGUAGUGUUAUGGUGGAUUAAUUUGUGAGAUUGUACUAACUUUGAGAGCAUAACAGUUGUGAAGGAAACAAUGGUUUUCAAAUGAAGGGGCUUACAGAAUGAUAUGAUGUUAUUAAUAUAGUUUGGCUUUUGUUAUACAAAUUGUUAACACCAGCUAUUAAAAUAUAUUUUAGUAGAAAGGCUUUAAUCAUGUUUUUUUCCUCUACACUGUGAAUCUUUUAAGCCUUGGUGGACUAGAGAAACAUUGUGCUGCCCAAAGGACUAACCUAUGCAAACGAGUUCACAUUUCAAUGGAUGUCACAGUAAAUGUGUAACAAGACAUACUUUCUCCUGCAUUGAAAUAAUACAUUAAGCCUAGCCUCCAAUAUGUAUAGUGUAGUCACUCACAAACCGACCAUACUCAUUUAGUAUUAGUAUUUGUUUCAAAGUAAAUCUCUUGUUUCAAAGUAAAUCUAUCGAAACUACUUGAACAAUGUUAGAAUAAAAAUGACAAACGGGUAUAUGUUGGCCAUGGGUCCCUGCAAGUGGUCUCUGAUGGUAGAACUGUGUUCUCACAUGCACUCUCUUUAGGGUCUAAAUAUUCUGUUUCCUCUUUCUGUAUUUGUAAAACAUUAUAAUGCAUUAAUUUCCUAUUACCCAUUUGGUUUGCUUAAAUAAAUGCAGGAUAUAACAAAAUGGUUCUACUUCUUGACUGUCACCGUGGUUUCUCGGAGCACAAGUCACUAGACACAGGGUCACUACCGAACCCGACUAUAGCCUGGGUAUUGGGUUUUAAACUCGUGUUAAACUGCAUCAAAGCUGAAUGCUGGUUUGGGCCAGUCAUUUCAAAUAUGCCCCCCUUCCCCAACCCAGAAUGAACUUAGUUUUAGGUGAUAAUAAUAUGAUGCUUUUUCAAGCUUAGUAUCUUACUGAUUUCAUAUCAAAGUACUACAAUCAUGCAUCAUUGUAGUUAACUUCUUUCAGGAUUGAAUUCCUCACAUGUCCUCACUAAUACAAUUCUAAUUUUCUUGUUUUCGUAAGAUGAAAGAAACAGCUUGGAGCAAAAAAAAAAAAUGCACAAAUUGAAUACAUGAAGUGGAAAGAUACUCUGAUCUCUGCUAAAAAUGGCUCAUUUGUUGUAGAAAAUAAUUGCUUCCCUCCUCCAAUUUUCCCAUAGUUGAAAAAGUGAGUUCCUAUUUUUGCCCUCAUAUAAAUUUCAGUAGAUUAGGUCUUAGCCUUAUCAUAUUAUUUUGUAGAAGUUCCUCUUUGGUGCAAAGUCCUUACUAAUUGUAAACUAAUAAGCUUUAUGGAUAACACCUGCUCUUAGAAUAAACACUUCAACCAAUUCUUGAA